GAUUGAAUAUCAUUUGGGUUUGUUUGGCUUCUAAGAUCUUUGUUUCUCAAGAAAUAUUUUCAGGCAAUUUUUCAUUUUCUAAUUGUUUGCUGUACAUUUGUAUAUUGGGUUUUCAAGAAACUGAAGAUCGUUUCAGUUUAAAAGUGAAUUUGUAACUAUACAUGCCUGUUAGCCUUAGAUAUGGUGUUUAAGAAAAGGUUAGAUUAUGGAUUUACCUUCAACGUCCCGAACGUGCCCCGUGCCCCUCGAUCGAAUCGGAGGUGUCGGAAUAAACAGGUAGUCGAGGACAGUCAGAUUUGUGCAUUUGAAUUGUUAGCGUCUUUAGCUAGGAAGUUGUUGCUGGAGAGUGAGAGUUCGGCUUCGAGCAAUGCAUCGGAAGGAUACCAUCAUGUUGGUAAAGAUGUCAUUAAACAGGAAAUUCAUUCCUAUGAUGAUAAACCGUUGAAACUCGAAAGUGAUGAGCAAGGAAGCCGAGAAUCAGAAGCUAGUGCUGCUGCCUCUGAGUCGACUACCGAAAAUAGUGACAAUGUGAAGGAAUUUAAACCUGCUGGAGAUGAUGCCUUUUUGGAUCGUGCUCAGAUUAAAACCCAGCCUGCUUGCUUGGAGCAAAUAAGUGGCGAUUUGAAGUCUAUAAUUCGUAAAGGCAAUGCAGCAUACGGGAAUUUUCGUGGUGACAUGGAUCAAUGCUCCCCUGAUCUCGGGGAUUUAUGUAAUGGUACCAGUGAGAAUGGGUUUAAGCAAGAUCGAGAUGCUAAGGUUUUGGACAUCGGGAAGUCGAGUAUCCCUAAUACUUGCCCCUCGAAAGAUCCAGUGGAAUCGCCUGUGACAUUUCCUUUUCCCGUUGAUUCCAAACUAGAUGUCAAAUUGCCCUCCCAGAGGGACCCAAUUCCUAAGGCUUCUUUUUCAAGACAUAGGAAUGAUAUUAAGUUAGGUAGUAGAGAUGAUGACGAAAACUUUUCUAGGUUUACUAGACUUAGCUAUAGGUUUAAGACUUCUAGGCCUCUGACACGUAUCGGGGAUCGAAGGAUAAGGAAGUUGCUGACAUCCAAAUAUUGGAAAGUAGCUCCAAAGUUGAAGGAUUUCGAACAUUCUAAAGCCGAUGGUGGAAUGAGUCCUCCAUACCGUAAGCGGAAGACCUAUAAUUACGACAGAUAUCAUUACAAUACGCACUACAAAAGGAGGAAGUUCUUUGACCGUAGCUCGAUAGUAACUUCUGAUGGUGGGAUCAGUAGUGAAAGUGUUUGUAAUUUACCAGAGAAGGUUGCGGAUGGAGACAAGGGUAGUUCUGCCUCAAUGUCGCAUGGAGCAUGUGGGAUACCCCCCUUGCUUACAGGUAACAAAGCAUCCCACCAGUCCAAGGAGUCUCACGUGAAAUUCAGAAUCAGGUCUUUUAGAAUCCCUGAACUUUAUAUUGAGGUUCCAGAAAGUGCAACCAUCGGUUCACUUCAGAGAACUGUUAUGGAGGCAGUGACUGCUUUACUCGGAGGUGGAAUCCGUGUCGGGGUACUUCUUCAAGGGAAGAAGGUACGAGAUGACAACCGGACUCUGUCACAGACUGGUAUUUCCUGCGAAGAUAAUUUGGAUUCUCUUGGUUUCACUUUGGAGCCUGGUCCUGUGAAAGCUCCUCCACCUGUGUGCUCAGAAGAACCGCCCCUUCCGAUAUCAUGUGAUAAAGCCCCUCAACAUUUAACAAGCGUUCCGGCCACUCCGGUUGUAGAUACAGAGAUUCCCGAUGUCGCAUCUGACCCACUUUUACUGACCAAUUUGACACAUCCUGUGGAUACUAAUCACGAACCGGUUACCUCCCACACUGACGAGCUACCUGAUCAAAGUCUGUCUGAAUCCAGAGCUAUAGUUCCUGUUUCAGCACUGAAUGUUGAGGCACUAGCCGUCAUCCCUGCCAGCCCAAAAGUUCGAAAAACCGAGCUUGCACAGCGUCGAUCUAGGAGGCCAUUUUCAGUCUUAGAAGUAGAAGCUUUGGUACAGGCAGUCGAGGAGCUGGGUACCGGAAGGUGGCGUGAUAUUAAACUGCGAGCUUUCGUGAAUGCCGACCAUCGAACUUAUGUGGAUUUGAAGGAUAAAUGGAAAACGUUGGUUCACACGGCGAGAAUUUCCCCACAGCAACGACGAGGGGAGCCGGUACCGCAGGAACUCUUGGACAGGGUCUUGGCUGCUCAUGCUUACUGGUCUCAGCAAUCAGCAUCAAGCUAAACAAGGCAAGCAUCAACCCGGGGCUUCGAGGAUCACGGAUGGGGAAUCCGAUGGAAACGGAGUCACAACAACGGCUCCUGCCGAUUCGUUGUAAAAAGAAGGUAAAAACAUUGACUAAGAACAGGGAGAAAGAAAGAAAACAUGUACAAAUUCGAUCGACGUUGUUGUUGUAAUAUUUUCCUCACUAGUACUCGCUCACUUUUGAUUCAUUUCCCAGCUUCCAAAACCAUUGAAGCCAUUGACAUUCUGUAAAUGAAAAUCGACGAAAAUAAGAUUGUUUCUAACCAUAUUUCUAC